GUACUUUCAUGUCUGUUUUGGUUUCAUCCAAAAGUAUCAAAUUUGUGUGAUCUUCUCCAGAAGAAACUUGAGGAACUUUAAGCUAAACCUCUGUAGUUUUCAGAUUGAUUCGUUGGUGGAAAGCGUCUAAAUUUUGCGUAAAUGGCGGCAGCUCUUGUACGCAGAUUCUGCCGGGGAUCAUCUUUUCCGGUCUCUGGUCAUGGAUAUAGGAUGCUAUCGACGGUUGAAAAUGUAUCUGAAAGUGGUAAAUCGAUGAAUCUAUACUCUGCUAUUAAUCAAGCUCUUCACAUCGCUUUAGAGACCGAUCCUCGGUCUUAUGUUUUUGGGGAAGAUGUUGGAUUUGGUGGUGUCUUCCGAUGUACAACAGGAUUAGCUGAACGUUUUGGGAAAUCUCGAGUUUUCAACACUCCUCUCUGCGAGCAAGGCAUUGUUGGCUUUGGCAUUGGUUUAGCUGCAAUGGGAAAUCGAGUUAUUGCGGAAAUUCAGUUUGCGGAUUAUAUUUUCCCGGCUUUUGAUCAGAUUGUUAAUGAGGCUGCAAAGUUCAGAUACCGAAGUGGAAACCAGUUUAACUGUGGAGGACUCACUAUUAGGGCACCGUACGGAGCAGUUGGUCACGGUGGACAUUACCACUCGCAGUCCCCUGAAGCUUUCUUUUGUCAUGUCCCUGGUAUCAAAGUUGUUAUUCCUCGAAGUCCACGGGAAGCUAAGGGAUUAUUAUUGUCAUCCAUCCGUGAUCCGAAUCCCGUUGUCUUUUUCGAACCAAAGUGGCUAUAUCGUCAAGCGGUAGAGGAUGUCCCUGAAGAUGACUAUAUGAUACCUUUAUCUGAGGCAGAGGUUAUGCGAGAAGGUUCCGACAUAACUCUUGUUGGAUGGGGAGCACAGCUCACUAUCAUGGAACAAGCAUGUCUUGACGCAGAAAACGAAGGAAUAUCGUGUGAAUUGAUAGAUCUCAAGACUCUGAUCCCUUGGGAUAAGGAAAUCGUUGAGACCUCAGUGAGAAAGACUGGCAGACUUCUUAUUAGCCAUGAAGCUCCUGUUACAGGAGGCUUUGGGGCCGAGAUCGCUGCAACUAUAGUUGAGCGUUGCUUCUUGAGGUUAGAAGCACCUGUAAGCAGAGUUUGUGGCCUGGACACUCCUUUCCCUCUAGUGUUCGAACCUUUCUACAUGCCAACCAAGAACAAGAUAUUGGAUGCAAUCAGAUCCACUGUGAAUUACUAGCCCAUCUUAGCAUUGUACACAUGAUUCUCUGUCUCCUAUCUUCGAAAUAAUUAUUGAUGCUGGUGGUUCAGACAUGUAAUGGAUACUGUAAUCACCACUUUUGUUAUUUAAUCUAUGAUCUUGAAACUCUCCAUCUUUGUUC